GUCUAUGCACUUGUUUGCUGAUCGCUAACGUUUGUAGCGUCAAUCAAUAUAUGCAAAUGUGUUCUCCAGGUUUUGGUGGCACUCUUCAGUGUCCCCACUGCGACUUCAGCUGUUUGGGACAACAUUGUCUGGGCAGACACUUGAAGAGACGACACGGCCAAAGCGUGAACGGCAGAUACAAGUGCAAGUGGUGUUCUUACGUCACCGACCACUCCGGCAGCAUGACGCGGCACCGAAGGACUCACGCGAAAGAACGGCCGUACCGCUGUGAAGUGUGCGGCAAAACGUUUUCUCAAUCUCAACAAGUCGGUCUGACCGCUCACCGUCGUGUGCACACCGGUCAGAGUCCGUGCAAGUGUGAUAUCUGUGGGAAGGCGUUCACACGUUCUGGUGAUCUGGCGAUGCACAGACGUGUCCACGCUGGCGAAAAGGUCCGGCAGUGUGAGCAGUCUGGUGCCGCGUGUUUAGCUACAACUAACGGCAAAGAACACAAGACACCCGGUGUCCGUGUGAAGCCGCAUCAGUGUCAUGAAUGUCGAGCCAGAUUUGUUACACGCGCAGAUCUCACUGUACACAUACGAACCCAUACCGGGGAGAAGCCGUACAGCUGCUCCAUUUGCCCGGCACGGUUCGCUGAGCGGUCACAUCUCGUCAGACACAUGCGGACCCACACAGGGGAGAAGCCGUAUGGCUGCUCCAUUUGCCCGGCACGUUUUGCUCAGCGAUCGGGUCUCAGCGGCCACAUGAGGACCCACACAGGAGAGAAGCCGUAUGGCUGCUCCAUUUGCCCGGCACGGUUUGCUCUUCGUUCAACUCUCACCAGUCACAUGCGAACUCACACAGGGGAGAAGCCGUUUGGCUGUUCUAUGUGCACGAUGCGUUUCUCUUGCCGGCCAAGCCUCACCCGCCACAUGCGAACCCACACAGGGGAGAAACCGCACGGCUGCUCUAUUUGCCCGGCACGGUUCGCUGAGCGUAAAAGCCUCACCAACCACAUGCGUAUCCAUACAGGGGAGAAGCCGUUUGGCUGCUCCAUUUGCCCGGCACGGUUCGCUCAUCGGCCAAACCUCAACGUACACAUGCGGACCCACUCAGGGGAGAAGCCUUUUGACUGCUCCAUUUGCAAGGCACGGUUCUCUCAGCGGCAUAUCCUCACCGUACACAUGCGGACCCACACAGGGGAGAAGCCUUUUGACUGCUCCAUUUGCAAGGCACGGUUCGCUCAGCGGCAUAUCCUCACCGUACACAUGCGGACCCACACAGGGGAGAAGCCGUUUGGCUGCUCCAUUUGCCAGGCGCGGUUCGCUCGGCGCUAUAGCCUCACCUUACACAUGCGAACUCACACAGGGGAGAAGCCGUUUGGCUGUUCUAUGUGCACGAUGCGUUUCUCUUGCCGGCCAAGCCUCACCAGCCACAUGCGAACCCACACAGAGGAGAAGCCUUUUGGCUGCUCCAUUUGCCCGGCACGGUUUGCUCUUCGUUCAAAUCUCACCAGGCACAUGCGGACCCACACAGGGGAGAAGCGGUUUGGCUGCGUCAUCUGCCCGGCACGGUUCAUUCAGCAGUCACACCUUAUCGUACACCUGCGUACGCACGCACCCGAGUAGCGCCCGCACAGUUGCUUCAUCUCGCGGCACGUUUCUCUGCUGGGUCAGAUCUCCCCAAACCCAUGAGGAGCCACUCAGUAUAGCGACCGUGCGGCUGCUCCAUCUGACUGGCACGGUUCGCUUUCCGGUUAGGCCUCACGGGGAGCAUGCGAAUCUACACAGGGGAGCGGCCGUUCGGCUGCUCCAUGUGCCGGCACGAUAUUUGGAUUCAUCACAUCUCAAAAGUCACCCGCUGUGUCAUACGGGCGGCGGCUUCAUUGUCGUCCAUCAUAAACAAUCCUGCUGAAAAAGGUUCACAAACGCAUCAGCUCUUACCGCACACAGGCGGAGGCAUAAUAAACAACGCAGUCAGAAUCUUUUUCGGCUACGAUAGAUUUUGCAGUGCCUCGGCUAUGUAUGUGUCUGAAGGUCUCGAUAACUUUGAUGUCAUGUUCCGAAAAGCAGCGUGGUGUUUCGUGCAGCGUUUAUAUGAUUCGACAAAUAGCAUUAUCAGUGUACCUAUUGGUUAAAUGUGACAUAGGGUGGCACUCACCCUUAAGAGUGACAUGGAACGCUGCUCUGAUAGCGCCUUGAUAUGUGAUGUUUGGUAGAAUUGGACCAAGUGUCUGUAAAUACAAAGUUCUCUCUCUCUCUCUCUCUCUCUCUCUCUCUCUCUCUCUCUCUCUCUCU